CAGGACGUGCAUUUCUCUGCGAUCGCGAACAGAAAAAAUAUUUUUCAAAAUUUACAAUUUUGAUUUCUUAACACCCCGACUCCGUUACGCCCAAUUUUUUUUAUUUUAUAACCGUGCAAAAGGAAAUAUAUUUCUUAUAUUUUUUACUUGUGAAACAAAACUUUGGAUAAGCAGAAAGAAAAGAAAAAAAAACGCGAAAAAUUUACAAAUAAAAAGAUCUCCAGAAGAGCACCCAAAGGAGCGACAGACAGCAGCUGGCAAGAUGCUCAAGUGGGCAGUCAACCAGCCGCGAAACUCGUAUUUGGCCAAGGAGCUGGGCCUGGGAAUGGGAACGGGAUCGGAAACAGGAUCACUGGAGCAGAAGUCCGAGGUGGUGGGCUCCAGCUACAGCGAGUUCCAUGCUCUGCGAGGCAAACUCAAGAGGAAGUCUAUUGGUGUGGGCCCGGGCAAGGAAAACCAGCUGACCUCAACACCGUUGCCAGCCAGCUCCUUGACUCUCAACACACGGACGCCGCUGCUUAAGGACUUGAGCAACAUCCUGGCCACACCGCCUUCGGGAGGAGCGAGUGGAGUGACUGCAGGAGCAGCAGCUACCCAAAAGUUCGCCUGCACCCUGCCUACCUUCGAGGCGGAGUACUCGCCCAAUGCCACCGUCAUUCCUGGCUCCCUGAUCGCCUUGCGUGGAGUGGGCAUCCCGGACAGCUACUUCGAGAAGCCACGCUACCUGGAGCAGAAGCCACUACCUCAUCCGCAUCCCGCUCCUCCUGCCGCAGAACAGAACACACUCAGCUCCAGCCAGAUGGGGGAUGUGACUCUGGAGCGUAUGAUCGAUGCCAUCUUGGAGAGCAAUCGAAAGGUGCUGCCCAAUCCCAGGCAGCAUCUCCGUCAGCCCAGACAGCAUCUCCGCCAGCGACACAGGCAGCAGGUGCUCCGGAAUAGCCACACCCACACGCAGACCCCCUCGCCCACCUACCGCCCUGCCUUCGAUCCGGCCAGCGAUCUGUGCGAGUACUGGAAGUCGCCUUCGCGGAGGGAUUCCCUGCCAGCUAAUGGCUUCGAGGAGCGGGAGGUGCGUUCUCCUGUGCCACUGACCUCCAAUGCCAUCCCAUCCCAGGGCAAACGGCACUCCCUGCAGUUGCGCAGACAGCGAGUGGUGCGACGCAAGCGCAAGAUCACCACCAAGAUCUCCUCCAGCGUCAGGCAGUCAGCACAGAAGUUGCUAGCUGCGGCUAGGUCUGGAUCGGGAGUUCCUAGCCAUCGGUGUGCUCAGAAAAGGCGCCACAUCAGCCCGGACAGUGGCCACAACUCUACCAGCGACUUCGAAGAGGAGCUGGUUGCCAUGGGAUCCUGCAGCGGACGUGCGGAGGCGGGCACCAAGCGGCGGCUCAGCUUCUCCUUUGCCGAGGAUCUGUUCGUGGAAAAGUGAUCCAACCAGGGGGGUUUUUUUUUUAUAUCUUUAUGUUACUUUUUGACUACUGUUUGGUUACGACUAAAUCUUUUUUUUGUGUGUGGCUAAAAGCGCAGCAUUGCCUUGGAAUCCGUAUG